UGUAUAAAUAAUGGUGUUCGGGAUGACUGAAGAGUCUUCCAUCUACAACAAGAAGAAGAGGAAAAAAGAAGAGGCAGGCAAAGACUACAUGGCAAGGGUCGGGUUACCACCGGGUUUUCGGUUCCAUCCCACGGAUGAAGAGCUUGUCAAUUAUUAUCUCAAGAGGAAGAUCAAUGGCCAAGAAAUUGAACUUGACAUCAUUCCUGAGAUUGAUCUCUACAAAUGUGAACCUUGGGAACUUGCAGACAAGUCAUUUCUGCCAAGUAGAGAUCCAGAGUGGUACUUUUUUGGACCCAGAGACAGGAAAUACCCUAACGGUUUCAGAACUAACAGAGCCACUAGAGCUGGGUACUGGAAGUCCACAGGCAAAGACAGAAGGGUCAGUUCCCAAAACAGACCCAUUGGCAUGAAGAAAACUCUUGUUUACUACAAAGGCAGAGCCCCUCAAGGCAUCAGAACUGACUGGGUCAUGCAUGAGUACCGCCUCGACGACAAAGAAUCUGAGGACAUCUCCGGGAUACAGGAUACUUAUGCAUUGUGCCGUGUAUUCAAGAAAAAUGGAAUCUGCUCUGAAAUUGAAGAUCAAGGGCAGAGUAGUUUAACACUAGUUGAGAGCUCACAAACCAUAAAUAUUAAUAAUGAAAGUGAAACCAUGUCUCCAGACCCAGCUGGGGCAUCUUCUUCAUGCUUGGAAGAGGAAGACAAAGAUGAUUCAUGGAUGCAGUUCAUUACAGAUGACGCAUGGUAUCCUUCUAAUACAGCCAUGGCAGGUUGUGAAGAAGUUUCUCAUUUUACAUUCACAAACUGAUGUGCCAGUGACCAGUGGCAGGCCAGAUAGGUGGUGGGGAAUAACUUGGGCUGAAUUCAUGAAACAAAAGACACAUACAACUGUUUGCAAGAUUCCUUCUGCUUCUUCUUUUGUAUAUUAGUAUCAUAGUAUGCUUCAUUGAUCAAGAUGGUUUGAUUUUUUUUCUAAUAUUAUUAUAACGGUCAAAGUAUAUCUUGGAGUUUUGGGUGAUAAUCCUCAUUAAGGGUGGCUAAACCCAGAUUGAUGGUUUGGUGUAAGGUCUGGAAAAAUUUUAUGGAUUGAUCAGGGUUGUUAUUA